ACAUCAUUAUUCAUAGUGGAGAAGAAACACUAGUGAAUUCUGUCCCGGGUUGUCUGACAGAGACAACUGUCCCAGCCCAAGUAUGGCCCACUCUGCAGUAAGCCUACAGACCCCAUCUGAGGAUGAGUGUCCCAUCUGUAGGAGUACCCUGACGGACCCACAUCACCCUGAUGCCUGUUCUCAUGUGUUCUGCCGCCAAUGUCUGACCCGUUCUCUAAUGUGGUUACCCCACUGCCCUGUGUGCAGAGCUGAGGCGCGGGUUGAUGACAUCAGGCCUGUCAGAGUCAAUACGAGGGUCAUGGUCAUCAGGUUGGGUCAACCUCUACCUGGCUUGUCAGGGCUUUCCACCCCAGCAACAAGAUCUGUGGCAGGUGACGUCCAGAGUUCUGUGAUGAGGAUGACGUUUGUCUGUCCGUACUGCCAGGAGAGUGGUCUGGAUGAGAGGGAUCUGUGGGUUCACUGCAAUGGCAAGCAUCAGUAUGACAACAGGCCCGUGGUGUGUCCAGUGUGUGCCUCUCUGCCUCACGGUAAUCCAAACCAAAUCAGCAGGGACUUCAUCAUACAUUUGAACCUGAGACACUGCUACUAUACCAAGGACUACACGAACAUCAAUCAAACCGACACGUUGAACUUGCAAGAUGCCAUUAUUGAGUCUCUCCAGGAUGCCAACCUGAAUCCCAGAUGAUUUUUUAUCAAUAUCAGAUGCAACAUCAAUAAUCUAGCAAUAUAGCAAUAACACACUCAUCAUGAUUUGUAUAUUUUGAUGCUAAAGCUGCUCACAGAAGCCUUUGUAAAAAUGGCAAUGUUGUCGAACAUGUUGAUUGUUGCAGCUGUUAUUUUCUUCCUUUUGAAUGUAUAAAAUCAUGCCCUGUUUACUGCAUCUAUCGAAUGUAUCAACUAUAAUGGAUCUUUUCAAUAUCAGCUUUGAUAUACUUUUUCAUAUAUUUAAUAUCCUUGUAUAUUCUUGACAUAGAAUGACUAUAAUAAAGAAUAUUGAA